AUGGGUGUGAAUUGUAGAAUUCCAAUAAUGGAUUCCAUACAAUCAGCAAGAAAAAAUAAUGAUGCUAGAAAAACUAAUACGGACAUUCAAAAAGAUACUCGUGAAUGGUGUCUGAAUGACUUCGAAAUUGGCCGUCCGUUAGGUCGAGGCAAAUUUGGCAGCGUAUAUUUGGCACGAGAAAUUGAAUCGAAAUUUCUAGUUGCUCUUAAAGUAUUAUAUAAAUCACAAAUGAGAUCACAUAAUAUGAAGCGUCAGUUGCGGCGUGAAAUCGAAAACCAAUAUCACUUGAGACAUCCAAAUAUUUCACGCUUGUAUGGAUAUUUCCACGAUAGCGAUCGUGUUUAUAUAGUUUUGGAGUUUGCACAGAAGGGAAAUCUUUUCAGCCAUCUUCAGAAGAUGAAAAAGUUUCCACCACAAUUAGCUGCCAAAUAUAUGUACCAACUAGCAUCUGCGAUGGAGUACUGUCAUCAGAAGAACGUGUUACAUCGAGAUUUGAAGCCUGAAAAUGUUCUUGUUAGUAAAACUGGUGAUUUGAAAAUAUCAGAUUUCGGAUGGUCGGUGCAUGAACCAUCAUCAAGAAGGACUACAGUUUGCGGCACUUUGGAUUAUAUAGCACCGGAAAUGAUUCCGAACGGACAAUAUGAUGCCACGGUUGAUAACUGGUCUUUAGGCGUCAUGUUAUAUGAAUUUUUAGUUGGGAAACCUGCAUUUGAGGCGAAGUCAUAUAACGAUACGUAUGAAAAUAUCCGCAAUUGCAAUUACACUUUUCCAUCUCAUGUGCCGGAUGGUGCAAAGGAUCUUAUAUCAAAACUUCUGCAAAAAGAUCCAGCUAAACGCCUGUCGUUGAAGGGUGUUAUCAACCACCCAUGGAUACAGGAAAUGAUUAGAUGA